CCCUUUCCCUCAAGUGCCGCUCCACCAUCACCAUCGAGAGUCAAGUCGCUUCGCCAGUGUAACCCUCUAAUCCGACUCCAGAGCCCAUUCUCGCCUGUGGCUGAACGGCCCAACAUGUAUAUCAAGACCUUGACCAUCCAAGGCUUCAAGUCCUACCGGGACCAGACCCAGAUAGAGCCUUUCUCACCAAGACAUAAUGUCGUCGUCGGCCGCAAUGGUUCAGGCAAGAGUAACUUCUUCGCAGCCAUCCGGUUCGUUCUCUCCGAUGCCUACACCUCCAUGUCGCGAGAGGAGAGGCAAGCCCUUCUCCAUGAAGGUGUCUCAACAACCCAGACUCUCUCUGCCUUCGUGGAAAUAGUGUUUGAUAACUCGGACAACCGUUUCCCCACUGGUCGGGAAGAAGUCAUCCUCCGGCGUACUAUCGGUCUCAAGAAGGACGAAUACAGUCUGGACAAGAAGAGUGCAAGCAAGGCCGACGUGAUGAACCUCCUCGAAAGUGCAGGUUUCAGCAAGAGCAACCCCUACUAUAUCGUCCCACAAGGUCGAAUUACAGCACUCACCAACGCAAAGGACCACGAACGUCUCGCGCUUCUAAAAGAGGUCGCAGGCACGAAGGUCUACGAGCAGCGCCGCACCGAGUCCCUGCGCAUCAUGGCCGAGACAGACUCCAAGCGAGCCAAGAUCGGCGAGCUUCUCGAAUACAUCGACACCCGGCUGAACGAGCUGGAAGAGGAGAAGGAGGAGCUCAAGGAGUUCCAAGAGAAGGACAAGGAGCGCCGCUGCCUCGAGUACGCCCUGUACCAGCGCGAGCUCGAAGAGGUCGGCGCAGCUCUGGAGGAGAUCGAGGAGGAGCGCAGGGGCGAGCUGCACAGCGCCAACAUCCGCCGCGAGCAGUACACCGACCGCGAGAAGCAAGUGCAGAAUCUCGAACGCUCCAUCGCGCAGCUCCGCACGACGGUUACCACCCUCAACCUCACCCGCCAAGGCACCCAAUCCGAACUCACCGACCUCAUUCGGGCCCGCACCGAGCUCGAGUGCACGAUCGCGGACCUACAGCUCGCCGCCCAGCGGGCAGGCGGGCGGCGCACCGUGCUCGAGGACGAGCUCGCCGCCGUAGAGGCGACCAUCGCCGCCAAGGAGGCCGAGCUCACCGCGCUCGCGCCGGAGUGGGAGCGCGUCCGUGCGGCGGAGAGCGCGGAGCGACGGCUGCUCGACGAGGCGCGGGCGCGCCUGGAGGCCCUGUACGCGAAGCGUGGUAGGCUGGACAAGUUCCGCACGAAGGCGGAGCGCGACAAAUAUCUGAGGGCCGAGAUUGCGAGCAUGCAGCAGUUCCGGAGAACGCAGGCGGCGGCGCUCUCGGGGCUUGAGCAGGAGCUAACGAGCGCGAGGCAGUCGUUCGAGGAGGUGAACAGGAGCAUCGACGACACGCAGGCGAAGGCGGAGGACGCGAGGAAUCAGGUGCGCGAGCUGGGGGAGCAGAUUGCGAGGCUCAAGGAUGAGCAGGCGGAGAAGACGGAGCGGAGGAAGGAGCUGUGGCGGGAGGACUCGAAGCUGGAGUCGCUCGUGACGCAUGCGGCGGAAGAGCUGCGAGGGGCGGAAAGGACACUUGCGAGUAUGAUGGACAAGGACACCGGCAAUGGCCUGCGUUCCAUUGACCGCAUUGUCGCGCAUAUGCCGAAUUUUGAAGGUGUCUACGGACCCUUGUAUCGUCUGUUUGAGAUCACAGACGACAAGUUCAACAUCGCCGUCGAGCUCACCGCAGGCAAUAGCUUGUUCCACGUUGUUGUCGAUACCGACGACACGGCCUCACGUUUGGUCAAGAUCAUGAUGCAAGAGAAGAAUGGCCGGAUCACCUUCAUGCCCCUCAACCGCCUCAAACCCAAAGUCCCGCCCUCGCCAAACGCGCAAGACGCGAUCCCGCUCCUCGACAAGCUCCGCUUCGACCCCAAGCACGCCAAGGCCUUCCAGCAAGUGUUCGGCAAGACCUGCGUCUGCCGCGACCUCACCAUCGCCGCGGCGUACGUGAAGUCGCACGGGAUCAACACCAUCACCCUCGACGGCGACAAGGUCGACCGCAAGGGCGCGCUUACCGGCGGCUACCACGACGUCCGCCGCUCGCGCAUCGACGCGAUCCGCAACGUCACCACCUGGCGCGCCAAGCACGCGGAGCAUGACGCACGCCUGCUCGAGGUCAAGGCCACGAUCGCGGCACUCGAGCAGGAAAUCACGAGGGGCACGGGCGAGCUGCAGAAGCUCGCCGCGCGGCAGGCCCAGGCGCGCGCGGUGCGCGAGAACGUCGCGGAGGAGGUCGCGACGCUUGGGAAGGAGAAGGAGCGCCACGCGGCACGGGUCGCGCGGUUGGAGGGGGAGAUUGAGGAGCUGAGGUCUGAGCUGAGCGGUUUGGACGCGAGGAUCGAGGGCUUCCAGACGGAGCUGCGGAGCCCGAUGGCGCAGAACUUGACGGGCGAGGAGGAGGACCUGAUCGAGACGCUUGGGCGGGAGGUCGAGCAGCGCCAGAGAAACCUGGUCGAGCUCGGGAAGCAGAAGAACCAGGUUGGAGGCAGCAAGAACAUCCUCGAGAUAGAGCUGAAUGAGGGCUUGGUUCGGCGUCGUGAAGAACUGCGGCUCAAGAUCGAGGGUCUCGGCGCGUCGGAAGCUGGUGAUACAGACUCUGAAGACGCCUUGGAAUCCAAGACUCGUGAGCGCAAGGCGCUCAACAACUCUAUCGAGUCCUUGCAGAAGAAGAUUCAAGAAACCGAGAAGGAGCUUGAAAAAACUAGUACCCAACUUCAGGAGCAGCGCCAAAAACUGGAGUCGAUUCAGAGCCAACAGGCCGAGGACGUCCGUGGGAUCUCCAAGCAGCAGAAGAACACCGAGCGGUAUUUAGCGAAGCGUCAGAUGCUGCUGAACCGCAAGGAUGACUGCAAUCGCAACAUCCGUGACCUCGGUGUUCUGCCGGAGGAGGCGUUUGAAAAGUACACCAACGAGAAAGUCGACCGACUCAUGAAGAAGCUGCACAACGUGAACGAGGGUCUCAAGAAGUUUGCUCACGUCAACAAGAAGGCCUUUGAACAGUACAACAACUUCACGAAGCAGCGUGAUCAGCUGAUUCAGCGCCGAGAAGACCUCGACAAGUCGGCCGAGUCGAUCGAGGAACUUGUCGAAGUACUCGACCAGCGCAAGGAUGAGGCUAUCGAACGAACGUUCAAGCAGGUCGCAAGCAACUUUGAAGAGGUCUUCGAGAAGCUUGUUCCAGCGGGACGCGGACGACUCGUCAUCCAACGACGUAUCGACCAAGACGAGGAGGAUGCUGAAGAAGCGGAUGAGACGCAACAGAGCACUAUUGACAAUUACACAGGCGUUUCAAUUCGAGUAUCAUUCAACUCCAAAGUGGACGAAGGCUUGCGGAUACAACAACUGUCUGGUGGACAGAAGUCUUUGGUGGCUCUUGCGACAGUGUUUGCUAUUCAGAAGUGUGAUCCCGCACCUUUUUACCUGUUCGAUGAGAUCGAUGCCAAUCUCGACGCCCAAUACCGGACGGCGGUAGCUGCCAUGAUACACGAUCUAUCCGCGACGGCCCAAUUCAUUACGACGACUUUCCGCCCGGAGAUGUUGAACACCGCAGACAAAUUCUACGGAGUCUUAUUCAAUAACCAGAAGGUCAGCACCAUUCGGUCCAUCAGGCGGGAGGAGGCCAUGGAGUUUGUGGAACAGGAAGCGCAAGCGCAAUGAUAUCCAAGUUCGUCGUUCGCUGAGCUGUACGUCUCACCUUCGGUUUGCUUUCCUUGCUAUCGUUACGCCAUCUGUACCAAGAGCAUCUGUAUCUGUAUGCCUGUUGAUUUUACGCACUUGUAGGGCUUUUGAAGCUCCCGAAUGAGCUAAUGUGC